UACAGAAAACAAGUUUUGGAGUUAGUUCUUACCUACGUCUCGUAUGAGUAACACGUGUAUUUAUUGGCAUUUAUAAGGAAAACUAUAUAGCUGGUUCUUUGGAGGUUCUAACAGCGCGCUGAUAGAUGAUCAGACAAAUAUUAUCAUCAUGUUCAGGCUCUCAGCAUUUUUGAUUGCACUAAGUGCGUGCGUCUUUGGUGUUACUUCGGAUGGAAAACUUGAUUCUAUCUAUUCGGUAAACGAAGCUAAUAACGUGACGCAGGCGAGCCUGACGUGCGAAGGCGUGGUGGGCAGAGUCACAGACUGCAGCGAGUGCUACUCGUGCGACGACCCGCUCAUCGAGCGGCAGAAGGCGCACAACAUCAUGAGGCUCACGUUGAACGACGUAAACUGCGCGUCGAGUGAGGUCAUUUGUUGCUUGUCACAGAGUCUGCUUCGGUUUAGGGAUAAGGACCAGGACUACACCACAUGUGGCAAGUACGUUCCAGAAGGCAACCCCCGUGCGCUCAGACCAACGCUCCGCUCCGUGUUGCAGGGAGAAUACCCCUGGCGGGCGUGGAUAUACCGGUUGAACGACGUAAACUGCGCGUCGAGUGAGGUCAUUUGUUGCUUGUCACAGAGUCUGCUUCGGUUUAGGGAUAAGGACCAGGACUACACCACAUGUGGCAAGUACGUUCCAGAAGGCAACCCCCGUGCGCUCAGACCAACGCUCCGCUCCGUGUUGCAGGGAGAAUACCCCUGGCGGGCGUGGAUAUACCGCACCCCUGACUUCUCCAAGCCGCUCUGCGCCGCUACCUACGUGAACCAGAAGGCUCGCACCCUGGUCACCGCCGCGUCUUGCGUGGACGGCUUCAGAGCUCAUCAGCUCCAGGUGCUGUUUGACAAGGACCCCAUCAACCACGACCCCAAAGAUGUCAUACAGCUCGACAUCCAUGAAGAUUAUAACAAAGUCACCCACGAGAACGACAUCGCAGUGCUGAGCGUGUCGUCCGUGCCAGACGACGCGGAGCGCGCGUGCCAGUCCAUCCAGCCCGUGCCACAUGGCACCGCCUGCGUCGCCGUCUCCAGCGACGACUUCUUCAUCAACCAAGCGAUCCCGCUCCAACACAACUGCGCUGAAGACAACAAGCCUCUACACAACUCGCUCAUGUGCGCAGCUGCUCACCGCGAUGACUAUACGCCCGAGCUGGGUGCUGGCCUCUACUGUAUGGACGAGCAACUGGACAACAACGUGUAUAUGCUCGUGGGGGUGUAUCUCUACAGCGCGCUGGAGGGGGUGGCGGCGAUCAACACUAACAUGACCCAUCACAUCAACUGGGUCAACGCGCGCGCGAACGAGCACAUGCAACGACAGUAGGGCUGUCCUUUGUUUUUGCACAAUCAACAAGGAACCCUUAUAGGUCAUAUAAUGUGUGUAAAUUAAAAAUAUAUAAAAUGAAAAUUU